CAGAGAAAAGUUUGAGUAGGAAGUUCUUUUUGAGUCGCUUUAUCACAACGAAGCGACUGUGUGUCAUCCAUCUUUCAUUCUUUUAUCUUUCUCCAUCUCUCCUCAUCAUCAUCUGCUAUUAUUAUCAUUACUAGAGCAUCCCAUGAUUUCAUCAGCAGAGAAUAUCCGCCAUUCUUAGAUCUUAAAUCAUCAACAACCUCUCUUUCCCCUCGCUUUCUCAUUAUUUUGUCAUCACUCUCUCAAUCACUGCACGACAAACCUUGAAUUAUCUCACAAAAUCCAAAAUAAUUUCUGAAAUUUAGUUGUAUAAUAAAGAGUGAAGAGCCACACUCUGCAAGUACCAACUACCAACAACUCUCAAUUUCUUAAGAGAUCCAAUCUCCAAAUUUUGAUUUCUUGAUCUGAGAAAAUAAAAUGGGGAGUUCUGAUGAGAAAGUUGUCGCCGUGAUUAUGGUUGGUGGUCCAACUAAAGGAACAAGGUUUAGACCGCUAUCGUUGAAUGUUCCGAAACCAUUGUUUCCAUUGGCUGGUCAGCCAAUGGUUCAUCAUCCAAUUUCAGCUUGCAAAAGAAUCCCAAAUUUGGUGCAAAUUUAUUUGAUUGGAUUUUAUGAAGAAAGGGAAUUCACACUCUAUGUAUCUUCCAUCUCUAAUGAGCUCAAAAUUCCAGUCAGAUACUUGAGAGAAGACAAGCCACACGGUUCAGCUGGUGGUAUUUACAACUUUAGAGAUCAGAUAAUGGACGACAGCCCGUCUCAUAUCUUUCUAUUGAAUUGUGAUGUUUGCUCUAGUUUUCCAUUGCCUGAAAUGCUCGAUGCUCAUAAGAGGUAUGGUGGGAUAGGAACAAUUUUAGUAAGCAAGGUUUCAGCUGAAUCAGCGAGUGAGUUUGGUGAAUUGGUGGCUGAUCCAACAACCAAUGAACUUCUGCACUACACGGAGAAACCCGAGACUUUUGUGAGUGAUCGGAUUAAUUGUGGUGUGUACAUAUUUACCCCUGAUAUCUUUAAGGCUAUCCAGGAUGUUUCAUCAAACCGAAGAGAUAGGGCUAAUCUUCGACGUGUGUCCAGCUUUGAGGCCCUUCAGUCUGCAACGAAAUCAUUCCCUACUGAUUUUGUAAGACUGGAUCAAGAUAUCCUAUCACCUCUUGCCGGGAAGAAGCAACUUUAUACUUACGAAACACUAGAUUUCUGGGAACAGAUCAAAACCCCUGGAAUGUCUUUGAAAUGUUCUGCUCUGUAUCUUGCCCAAUUCCGCCACACCUCUCCUCAUCUUUUGGCAACUGGGGAUGGCACAAAAAGUGCUACCAUCAGUGGUGAUGUGUAUAUCCACCCAUCAGCAAAAGUACAUCCAACUGCAAAGAUUGGUCCCAAUGCAUCAAUUUCUGCAAAUGCUCGGAUAGGACCUGGUGUAAGGUUAAUCAACUGCAUCAUCCUAGAUGAUGUUGAGAUAAAGGAAAAUGCAAUUGUUAUAAAUUCCAUUGUUGGUUGGAAGUCUUCAAUUGGGAGGUGGUCGCGAGUCCAGUCUAUUGGAGACUACAAUGCAAAACUUGGGAUUACCAUCCUCGGAGAAGCUGUGAAUGUAGAAGACGAAGUCGUGGUCAUUAACAGUAUUAUUCUUCCAAAUAAAACUCUCAAUGUCAGUGUGCAGGAGGAGAUCAUUCUAUAAGUACCAAGAAUACGCCGCUUUACUCUUAGAUUGCAAGUUUUUCUUUUUUUCUUUCGCAGUUCACCUGUUUCAUUAUUUGUUUCUGUUGUAUCAUAAUUUAAGAUACAUAUUGGACUUCAGACAAUGGCAUAAGUUCUACCCCAUCUUUGAGGGGCUUCAAACUGUGUGAAAAAAAUAAUAGUAAAAAUAAAUCGAGGCAUGUCUUUUACAGUG